GUAGUGACAGGGACUAUCAUCCAAUUCUUCCUGCUUCUUCUUCGAUUAUAUUGUUAUUGUAACUUGAUGCAGCUGCUAUCUGCUUGUGAUCAUGGCUUCUUUUUUCGGAUCAAAUACAUUUCUAUCCCAUCCACUUGCCAGAACUUAUCACUUAGCUUCCUCACAAACACCUUCACCUUCAACCCCACCUUCCCAACCGCCGCAAACUCCGUCGCCAUCUCCAUCUCUGAGCACUACUUCAUCGGAGCCACUAAAACCAGCCCCAACAAAGGUGGAGCAACAGAGACCCACCACCAAUGUCGAGUCCACGGAUUGGAUUGCUUCAACCUUGACAAGGCGAUUCGGGCUCGGCGCAGGCCUUGCGUGGGCUGCUUUUCUCGCCUUUGGUGUAAUCUCCGAACAGAUCAAAACCCGCCUCGAAGUCUCUCAAGAAGUAGCAAAUACAAGAAACGUUGAAAAGGAAGAGGAAGUAGUGCUACCCAAUGGCAUAAGGUAUUACGAGCUGAGAGUUGGCGGCGGCGCCACACCGAGGUCCGGGGACUUGGUUGUGAUUAAGCUCAAGGGAAAGAUACAAGGCAGUGAUGAAGUAUUUGUAGAUACCUUUGAAAGUGGUAGAAAGCCACUGGCUUUGGUGAUGGGCUCAAGACCUUACAGCAGAGGAAUGUGUGAAGGUUUGGAAUAUGUGGUGAAAUCCAUGAAAGCAGGUGGUAAGAGGAGAGUUAUAAUUCCUUCUAAUUUGGGGUUUGGAGAGAAAGGUGGAGAUUUGGGUUCUGGUCUUCAAAUUCCUCCAUUUGCAACUUUAGAGUAUGUUGUUGAGAUUGAUAAGGUUUCCAUUGCUCCUGCUUGAACUCUUCUUCCAUCAAUGCCCAUACCUCUACUUAGUUUGUAACUCACAUCAAUUCUCUGGUUUGUAUUCAUCCAAAUAUAGAGAAAGGAACAACUGGGUCUU